GUGAGAAGAUGUCCUACGGAUCCAUCGCUGGCAGUGGUGGCCUGGGGAGCCAUGGCCCUUUCGGGGGACCCUCCAGACAAGGCUAUCAACCCCUAGAGUGCGCUAAAUGUUGGACCGAGUACGGAAUCCGCCAUUUCCCCUGCCCGUCGCCAGAGAGCAGCCCACAGGACCCCUGUGUGGGCAAGGAUGGGGAAGGUGAUCUGGGGUCGGCGGGCACGCCCAGAGGCCCAAGGGCCAGGAAGCGAGGGCCAGGGGUCACCCCUGAAGGCAGUGGGACGCCGGAGCCGCCCUCACCACCCGCUGCUGGCCCGAGGAGGGACUCCGCGGGUGGCAUCCACAGCCGGCUGGCGGGGCCCAGUGCCACGCGGGCUAAGAAGAGGAAGCCUAACUUCCGCCCGCAGGAGACGGAGGUCCUGGUGUCCAAGGUCAGCAAGCACCACCAGCUGCUGUUCGGCACGGGGCUGCUGAAGGCCGAGCCGGCCCGCCGGUACCGCGUGUGGAGCCGCAUCCUGCAGGCCGUGAACGCGCUGGGCUACUGCCGCCGCGACCUCGUGGACCUCAAGCACAAGUGGCGGGACCUGCGCGCCGUCGUGCGGCGCAAGCUGGCUGACCUCCGGCGUGCGGCCGUCGGCCCUGGGGGGCCCCAGGCCCUGGCCCUCACGCCCGUGGAGCAGGCGGUGGCCAAGACCUUCUCCUGCCAGGCCCUGUGCCCCGAGGGCUUUGGCCCGGAGCGGCCCCGAGCCGCCGAGGUGGACCCAGGUGACCUCCAGGAGCUGUUCCAGCAGACGUCGGCCAGCGUCUUCCGAAUCAACUCCCACGUGACCUCCUUGGAGCAGAGCCUCCGGUCCCUGGGGACGCCGAAUGACACGCAGGAGCUGAGGGAGAGCCUGCACGUGACGCAGCAGGAGGCGAACAAGAGCAUCGCGGCCGGGACCGGCACCGUGAGGCAGAUGAUGGAGCUCCUGCACGGCUGCUCCCGGCAGGAGUGUCUCCAGCUGGACCGUCUGAAGACUCAGCUGUCCGACGCGGUGCAGCGCUACGGGGGGGUGCAGAAGAAAAUCGCCGAGAAGUCCCGAGCCCUGCUUCCCACGGCACAGCGGGGCAGCAAACAGCAGAGUCCCCGGGCCCCUUUUGCUGAGCUGCCUGAUGAUGAAAAGAUCUUUAAUGGGAGUGACGGCAUGUGGCAGGGCCAGGAGCAGGCGCUACUUUCGGAGAUCACGGAGGAGGACCUGGAGGCCAUCCGGCUGCGGGAGGAAGCCGUCCUGCGGAUCGAGAGUGACUUGUUGGAUGUCAAUCAGAUCAUCAAGGACUUGGCCUCCAUGGUGUCAGAGCAAGGAGAUGCCACCGGGUCCGGCAGCAGCAAGGCCACGUGCCGGCAGAGCUCCAGCCCUGAGCCCACCGUGGCGGCCCCGCUGCCCAGGCUGGGCUGUGCGUCCCCGCAGCAGGGCCUCCACUCCCGCACCAAGACGCGCAAGCCCAACUUCAGCCCCCAGGAGACGGAGGUGCUGGUACGGAGGGUGACGCGCCACUACCCGCUGCUGUUCGGGGCGCUGCGGGGCCCGCCCUCCCGGAAGCACCGAACAUGGAACAAGAUCCUGCAGGCGGUGAACGCACUGGGCCACUGCCGGCGCGACCUGGGCGACCUGAAGCACAAGUGGCGGGACCUGCGCGGGGCUGUGCGCAAGAAGCUGGCCGAGCGCCCGCCGGCCCCCGGCCUCCCGCUCACCCCUGUCGAGCGCAUGGUGGCCGAGACCUUCUCAGCCCCAGCCCCCGCCGGCGAGGGCCAGGCCGCCGAGCCCCUGCCAACGGACGAGGACGAUGAUGCCCCCAGCGGCCUGUGGCUACCCCUGCGGACCCUGGAGGGGCCGAGCCUGCCGGAACCCGAGCCCUCGGACCUACGAGGGACUAUCCCCGCGCCUACAUCCUCACCCUCCCCGCCGGCCUCUCCAGCCUCCCCAGCCUCCGUGCCCCCUGCCGCUGCGUUCCCAGGGGCCCUUGGGCCCUCCCCACCCCCCACCGCGCCACCCCCACCCCCCGGGAGGCCCGCAGGGGAGGCCUCCGAGUUUGAGCAGCGGCUGCUGGACUCGCAGAGGCGACAGGGGGCCCUGCUGUCCCACUGGUCCCAGCAGCAGAGCGUGCUGAUGGCCCAGCAGAACUGGCUGCUGCAGAGGCUGGCGGAGCAGAGCCAGCGGCUGGCCGACGGCAUGGAGGCCCUCAACCGCACCCUCGAGAAGCUGGUGGAGGCCUGCCCGGUGCCGGGAGCCUCGCCCCCCGUCGGGGAUGGCACCCCUGCUGGCGGAGCGGCCCGCGGGCCCAGCAGAGGCUCCCGGGGCAGCCCCCAGCGCCCCCACCCGGGGCUGGAGGUCUUCUCAGGGAUUAUCCUGAAGGUGGAGGAGGAGGUCUGACCCCCGAGGGCGGC